AUGACAGAGAUACUCAAGUUUAGAGCGGGCGUUGCGGACUUUGAUGAGAGCUCUAACAUCUGCUCCCCAAAGCCUAUCAAGGGAGAAAUCGUUGUCAAGCCCUCUGAGGAAGCAGAGGGGUUUUAUGAUUUGGAGUGGAAUGCCACUGAGAAAGUCGCCUCAGGAAACGUCGAACCUAUUGAGCUCAUUCUAAUCCCGGGCACCACAAAAUGGGUUCACGUUAAGUCAAGCAAAAAUGGCCGUAUUUUCUGCCUGGUGUUUUCAUCAGAUGAAAAGUACUUCUUUUGGCUACAAGAUAAAAACCAGGGAUGCAGCUCACUCAAUGAGCUGAGCACAGCAGAUAAGGCGAUUGCAGAUAAGUUUGAUGAACUCUUAGACGCUGGCGACGAGGAGGAAGAUCAACAGGUCUCUGAAGACGCCGACGUAGACAUGGAUGCACCAACGCAACCCUCGCCAGAACAAACUUCUAACCAGUAA